AUGUUCCCAUCCUUGGCCUUCCCGGCCUCCACGUCGAGAUCUGUCCCUCUCUCUCUGGCACUCUCACUCCUCCCAACAUCUCCACUGGCACUGCGAUGUUUGUUAUCCCACCGUCAAUACCACCGACACCAACACACACAUCUUGCCUUACGUCUGCGUCUACGCCCACAAUCCCAUCCAGCCACGCAACCCCAGUUGCAGCUCCAGAGAUUCUCCUCCGUCCUUUCUCAGCAAUCGGACAGCCUCAUCAAAGGCAAUAAUUCUGUGCCUACAAGUCCCUCUACCUCUAACGACCCCGAGCCCGGCAGAAAAGAAUCUGCUGCGCCCUCUCGCUCUGGCCAAAAAAAAGCCCUCUCCGGUAUGCCAUGGGGUGUCUACGCUUCAACGAAAACUCUAAUUGCACUUCCUCUUCCUUCUCUAUCGCCUUCCGAUUGCGAUGUCUUAGAGAGAACUUGCGAGGAACGCAAUUACCUUCAUCUGGCAAAAUUCCCUAGGGAAAUCUUGCGACUUCGUGAGCUACUCAAACCAUUGGAAUCUAUGAAGCGAAUUGCAUACGCGCGAAGACAAGCUAUAGCUCGUCUGCUCGACCUAUUUCGUCACAAGAAAGAGCCGCCUCCUGAAUUCUUACGAAAUGCUACCCAAAAUAAGGCGCAACGAGACCUGGUAGGCAUGACGGAAGAGCAACUACAGGCAGAGGCGAAAUCAGUGAAAAUGGAAUUAAUGGGAAUGUUAAAAUAUGAGGCCACACUUAAGGAGGAAAUUCACAGGCUUUUCUUGUCGCUCCCAAACCUCACCAGUCGUGAGACUCCUCGCGGCAAAAUCCCCAAGAUUGUCGGUUAUAUCAAUGAUCAUCCAAAGGAAAGCCCUUUUCAUAGCCAGUACUCGAGACAUCACACCAGGAUUGGUACCGAACUGGAACUGCUUGAUUUCAAAAUGGGUGCCAGCACCACAGGAUGGGGCUGGUAUUACCUCUUGAAUGAAGGCGCUCAGCUCGAACAGGCUCUCAUACAAUACUCCCUCUCUGUGGCAAGACGAGGCGGUUGGGGCAUGGUCUCUCCGCCAAGUAUGGUAAAUAGUGAUAUUUCCUCAGCGUGCGGGUUUCAACCUCGAGAUCAGGAUGGUGCGCAACAAGUUUACAGCGUUCUAAAAAGCUCGCGGCCUGGAGAAGCAAAGUCCGAGAUAAGCCUUGCCGGUACCGCCGAGAUACCACUUGCAGCCAUGCUAUAUGAGCGAAGGAUUUCUGGCCAAGAACUACCGAAAAGGCAUGUAGCCGUAUCGCGAUGCUACCGAGCUGAAGCGGGAGCUAGAGGUUUAAGCUCAAAGGGAUUGUACAGAGUGCAUGAGUUCACUAAGGUGGAGAUGUUCGCCUGGACACAUCCAACAGAGGAAGCGUCCACAGCGAUCUUUGACGAGAUUCAAAGGAUACAAAUCGAGAUUCUUUCUUCGCUUGGUCUACACUGUAGGAUCCUCGAAAUGCCUAGUAUGGAUCUAGGAGCCUCGGCAACGCGAAAACGGGAUAUCGAGGCAUUUUUCCCUUCCCGAACAGGCAUCAAUGAAGGAUAUGGUGAAGUCACCAGUGUUAGCACUUGUACAGACUAUCAGACUUCUAGGUUGAGAACGCGCCUAGGAAUGAAGACGAGUAAGAGGGAAUCUAACCCGUAUACUGUGAACGGGACAGCACUCGCAGUGCCCAGAGUACUUGCGGCCAUUCUAGAGAAUGGUUGGAACGAGGAAAGACGUGAGGUUGCUGUCCCAGAGUGUCUGUGGCCGUGGAUGGACGGCGUAAAGGUCAUUUCGUCCAAAGUCAAAGCAAAUGGCGGCAGUGUACCGGCAGCAGCUGUAGGGGAUCCACUUGUAGCAAUUGAGGAUGAGGAACAAGAUUAUCAACACCAGGAUGACCAGCUUUUGGAAGAAGCCGAAGAUGACGAGUUGACUCUGGAAGAACAGCAAAGUAUGACUGAUGGAAUUGAGGAAAGUGACCUGGAUCUUGAUGGCCAGGAGGGUCCAAAUACAAUAGUAGAGGGGGGUGAGCUACCUCCCGAGUCUGAAGAGCAGGCUUCUGCAGUCGUGGAAGACGUAUUUUCCGAUGAAGCGUUAGAGACUCAACCAACUAGCGACAGCCAAACCGAAAAUGACGUUGCAUCUGCCGAACAAGUCGAGGUCGAUGAGCUUAUCGAUGUUGGAGAAUCAGGCGAGCUGACUCCAUCUGUUGAUAGCCAGAGGGAUGAAGUUUCUCAAUCGACUGAAGAAACUCCGUCUUUUGAAUCAGAUAGAACAGCACAAGAGGAGAGUGUAUCGUCAAAUGAGCCUCAGAUUACCCAGCCCACUGAACAAGCUGGAGUCAAUGAGCCUGUCGCUGAUCAGGAGGCAAGCGAUCUAAUUUCAUCUGUAACUAAUCAGAAGGAUGAGGUUCCUCAAUCGACUGAAGAGAAUCAGCCAGCUGAACCAAAUGAAUCAGCCCCAGAGGAAGAUGUCCUGUCAAAUGAUCCUCAGACCGCCCAGGCCAACGAAGAAACGCAGACUACCAAUGAGGCUCAGACCACCGAGGAAGCAAAACCCGAAUCACCAGUCAAGUCUCUCUUCUCAAGAUUCCUCGGUCGAUGA